GGCAUCGGGCUGCCGGUGAUUGACCAGCUCCUCUCCCUGAUCUGUCAGCCUGCUGCCUUGGCGCCUCCCCUCUCUAUAAAUGAACGAAGCCUAUUCGACGCGUUCACAGCGCGCCUGCUGAAGUGAGAAGAACUGGAAGGCUUCGCGGGAUGUGUUGACAGACUAGAAUUCCGCCUUUUCGUUUUGGUUCACUCUCGGUCUUAGCUUGUGUUUUCAUCGCUGCAGUGUUAUCUUAAACAGCUCCCGUUAGUCUUGUUAUUGUUUUACUAUUUCGCUGCCUCUGUGUGAGCCGUCGGUUAUCUAAGAUGAAGGCUGUGACUCCAGUCCACCCCCAGGACUCCUCCUCCUCAUCCUCCUCCAGCGGCAGCAGUCAGCUCUCCAUGCACUAUCUGUCGAAGCAGAGCCUGAACAUCGCCCGGUGCAGGAUGGAAGAGGAAGACCUGUUUUGCCUGCAGUACGACAUGAACGACUGCUAUAGCCGCUUGAAGCGCCUGGUGCCUACCAUUCCGCAGGAUAAGAAAGUGAGCAAAGUGGAGAUCCUCCAGCAUGUCAUAGACUACAUCCUGGACCUGCAGCUGGCCCUGGAGACGCACCCUUCCCUCCAGAAGCAGCAGCCACAGCGGACCUGCCCCCCAGCAGCCUCCAACCCUAACAGGACGCCGCUCACGGUGCUCAACAUUGACCACCAUCAGAGGACAUCAAUAGUGAAAAAACCAGAGGACUCUGUUCUAUGCCGUUGACACAUCAAUGCUGCAUUUGGUGUGCAGUCAGCACAGAGCCGCUCCAAAAGUCAGCAAAGCUUCGCCAGGAACUCACCCAACUGGAGGCACAGUCACAAGAGGGAUUGCAAAAAACCGCAGGAGUAAUUAAACCCAAAUAAAAUCACUUUUUAAAAUCUUUUUCCUUCCUAAUGUUUAUUUUUUUUUGUAAUCAUUAUCAUUGGUUCUGAGGAAAAAUGGACGCUUCCCUCUCUCCUUCUGUCUGUUUUAAGUUCUUUCUUGUUUUAAUGUUUUUUUGUUCUUAAAGUGUAAAAUCAUCAAUUCCCCUUAUAGAGGUUUUUUGUUAUUGUUGUCUUUGGAAACCAAUUUGCAGCAGCUAUGAAAACAGAUCGUGAAUUGUGUUUAAAUGGCUCCAGUUUAAAGCUUUACUAAACUGCGAAGAAAAAAAAUCAUUGUAUAUGUUCUGCACAUCUAUUGUUUAAAAUAGAUGAUUUGUGUUUGAAAAGGGACACCAUCCCUGGUAAUUUAAAAUGUUUGAUAUUGUAAAGAAGAACAAUUCUGAUUUGAGACAAUUAAGCUUGUAAAUACAGAGACACAAAUGUUCUAUUAAGGUAUGUGAAAGGACUUAUAUGCUUAAAUAGACUAUUGUAAUUAUAAGAUAUUUUUUAUUGAAAACUGUUGUUUUUUUUGGCAGUUCUGUAAAUAUUGUGUUUUCACUUUAGUGAACGAACGUGUUUAUGCUCUGCCAAUAUGUCCUCACAUGAUGAUAUCAUUAAACUCUUUGCAGUGUUUGAAAUAUUUUGAAAUGUAGCAUGUCAGGCUCAUUGCAGAGAUGCUGAUUGUGCACUGAAGCAGCCCCUCUUUCUGCGUUGAUGCGUCCUCCUUUGGCUUUGUCCUGAAUUGUUUUAUUCUUUUUAGCUCUGGCAGCUCUGACUUGCUCUUAGAGAAAUAUUGGUGUCUUGAAAUUGUCUUGAUUUGAUUCUGUUAAAAUGCACACAUGUUAAAAAUGAAAUCUAAGAGCACUUCUGUAAGGAAAAAUCUCUGCAGCUCACCUUCUCUGACUUUCUCCUUAAGUAAAUGAUUUAGUCUAGGAAAUCAUUAAACUGUGGUUAUGAAUUGGUGUAAUACUUUAACAGACAGGCAGUGUCCGUGUUGACCUGAAAUGAUUGUCCUGCUGGAGGGUUGGCAGGAUUUAUCGGUGUAAAGGAAAAAAAAAACUUUGAUGACUUUCAGCACUGAAUUUACCUCACCACCCUCCUGCCAAUGCAAGAGGGCACUUGUCCGUUAUGGUCUACUGCACUGUUGGACUUGACCUCUGGCUUGUGAGGAGUUGAUGAAACAAUUAAAAUUUCCCAGAGAAACUGUGUUGUGUCAUGGUUUGUCCUAACUGGGCAUAUUAAUGUAUUUGCUUUGAGUUUUUCACUGUGCAAAAAUAGAAAGGAAGGCUAAAGUUCUUAGGCCAACAUGUUGCUCUAGCAUGAUCUGUGACAGUAAACUCCCCAAACUUGCUUUACCGGAUCCAGACAUCAAGCUUGUUGUUUUCUCACCUUUCCCUUAAUUCCUUCACACACAUGACCACGGUAAAAAAAACAGAUGGCAGAAAGGCAGGUGUUUCGCCUCUCAAUGGGAUAUAUACAGUGCAUGUCAUUUAUUCAGCUUCUAUGCCAGCUUCUGCUGUGAUUGUGAGCCAGGCAGGGACAGGUUAGCGGCAUCAAAGUGUACCAGGGUUUUUAAAGGUUACUGUUUCAGAAAGGCUAAAAUAUGUCAUCAUACUGAUCCUGUCGUAUAAUUAAAAUAUUUUAAAUCAAA